CAACUCUGCUCACUUCUAGAACUUUCUUCACCUGGGCAAGUGUUUGGAUGGCUCGGUAUCCUCUGCGUUUACAGCAGACUUUCUCUUUCCUUUUUUCUCUUUUUUUUUAAUUUUUAUUUUCGAGACAGGGUUUCUCUGUGUAGCUCUGGCUGUUCUGGGCUCACUUUGUAGACCAGGCUGGCCUCGAACUCACAGAGAUACUGUGUGUACCUUGAGCGCGCCAUGGUUAGCAACUUGUGGGAGUCAGUUCUCUGGAACCUUCUACCUUACAGGUCACCAGGCUUGGCGGCAGGCGCCUUUACCCGCCUCGCCGCCUCGCAAGCUUUGUGUCUUAGCUGCGCCAGUUUUUCCUCAGCUCAAAUCCUCAGGUCUUCUGGGACAGAACUCUGGGGACUCCUGACCCCGGCACGGUCCCUUUAAGAGUGCUUUUCAGGCGCGGGCGUGGGGGCGUGGCAAACCAGGAGGCGGGGUCUUGUGGGGCUGACCAAUGAGCAGGCGUAUGUGCUUCAGGGGCGGGACCCUACUGGGCGGGCCGCUCAGGGUUAAAGGGGCGCCCGCGGGUCGCCGCGGCUCGGCCUCCGGGAGACAAAGCGCCCUCUCGUAGCCGCCCCCGAGUGGUUCCGGGCCAUGGGCGGGACAGGCCAUCGCGUCUGUCCCACUUCUAGGUCAGAAGACAACUUGCCGGAGUCGGUUCUUUUAAUUCUUCCACUUGGUUUCUGGGAAUCGAACUCAGGCUCCUGAGCACACACUACACACUGGACACUCAAAUCCAGACGGAAAAAUCCUCCCCUUCCAGAGCAGGCAUGAGUGAUCCAGACAAAGAAGGAGAGGUCCAGAGAGACUGACUGUGUGCCCCUGAGGUGACCCAGCCUGGAGACUGUGAGCCACCUUGGGACGGGAGUGAGCGGCUUGCGGUGCAGGCCUCGUGGCCAUGAAACUCAACGAGCGCAGCCUGGCCUUCUACGCGACCUGUGACGCUCCGGUGGACAAUGCGGGCUUCCUGUACAAACGUGGUGGGCGUGGGGCCGGCUCGCACCGGCGGUGGUUCGUGCUUCGCGGCAACAUACUCUUCUACUUCGAGUCGGAAUCGAGCCGAGAGCCACUGGGCGUCAUCCUGCUGGAGGGCUGCACGGUGGAGCUGGUGGACGCCCGGGAGGAGUUCGCCUUCGCCGUGCGCUUUGCGGGUGGCCGUUCCCGGCCUUAUGUGCUGGCAGCGGACAGCCAGGCCGCCCUGGAGGGCUGGGUGAAGGCACUGUCCCGGGCCAGCUUCCACUACCUGCGCUUGGUGGUGCGUGAGCUGGAGCAGCAGCUGGCAGCCAUGCGCGAGGGAAGCCCGGCCAACGCCUUACCCGACGCCAACCCAAGUACGGUUUUGAACCCGAAACCCAAGGAGAACGGCCGGGCGGUGUGGAGCGCUCUGCCUGAGCAACCCGCUGUAGCCCCCCGCCGCCCACCACUGCCACCCCGCCGCAGGGCCUCCGCGGCCAACGGGCCCUCGGUAUCCUUCGCCCAGCUGCAUGAGCGAUACGGACUCGAGGUGCGGGCCCUCAGGAAUCAGUGGCGUGGAGGCCUCACCAGCCUGGAAGUCCCCUGCCAUCCUGGUUCUGGUGAGACUCAAACCCAGGACCAGCCUUAAGAGACCUAAUGGCUGUGAGCUUUGAUGCAAGCCAGGGGACAUAGGACACAUGACUCAGGAGAUCUGGGCUCCUGGGGUCAGAGGCAUGCACUUCUGAGAAGAAUCUGGGACCUGAACCUGAAGGUGCUUCUAGAGCCCAAGGAGCUGGUUUCUAGAGGACUCUGCCCCAGGGCGGCCUGGGUGGACCUCGAUGGCCCUGGAGCUGUGGGGCUCAGGGUCCAGCUGGUGCCCGGCCUCUCAAGAAUCUUGAACCUGCUAGCUGCUGUCUGCUGCUGUCUCAGCCGCUGCUCUGGGCCUAAAGCAGCAGGUAGAGGGUGGAGCUUGAAUGGGAUAGGUCCCCAAGGCUUCUGGCCUGGAUCCUGCUAAGGCAGGACUUUGCCCAGUUUUGCAGGCAGGCCUCACAACUCUGCUUGGGCAGGAGCAGGGCCUUUCAGGCCUGGGCUGGGAUCCAGCUCCUCACAGGUUCACCUGGAGGAGACAGGCCUCCAACUGAUUCCAUGCCUGCAGGGAGAGAGUUCAGGCACUGUCCCUGGCCACUGCAGGUGACCAGUGAGCCUCCAAGCGGGGCCUACUUCCCACUCACCACAGUGCUGGCUGUCUUCCAGAGUGUUGGGCAGGACAAGCAGCCCCACCUGGGUCUUGUUUACAGUCCUCCUCAGUGCCCCGCCCGGGGACUGGAGGACACUACUCCAAUCUCGGCAUCCUAUUGACAGAUUUCACCUGGUCCCCCCUUCUCCUCUGUCCCUGGAGGCCCUGAGCUGGGGUUCCAUGGGUUCUUCUGUCUUGCCAGAGCCUCUUGACUCCCUGCUGGCUCAGGGGCCAGGGCUUGGUUGUGGGUUUUUUGAAGUACAGAGGACACUGUCUUUUCCAUCCCCACCCCCACCACUUUUGUCACUGUUGGCUGGCUGGAAGGGGUGGCAUUGUCCCUAGGGAGCCAGGCCCUAGCAGGAGACACAGGCGCCUACUGACUUGGCCCUUACCUCUGUCUCCUGGGCUCAGCUCUCUGCACAGGUAGUGCCUCUGGGGACGGUCUCCUCAACUCUCCCACUCUCGGCUCAGGACGUUCGGAGUGGCCCAGCUGGAGGCCUGAAGUGUAGACUCUGGUCCGUGCGGGAUGGGUUUACAAACUCUAAAGGAACAGGACAGAAGCUGGGGGGGCAAGGGUAGAGAUGCCCCCUUUCCCCAAAGCACAAGAUAAAGUCCAGCUGAUUCUGGCGUAGGAGAGAGAAUCAGCCACGGACGGGGUACGAGGGCCAAAAUAAAAGCUGGUCUAGUAA